AUGCAUGCGGGGACCCUGGGGCUCUGGGCCCUCCUGCAGGCGGCCGAGCAGAGCGCGCGCCUGUGCUCUGUGGUUUACUACUUCACCACGGGACAGCUCCUCUGGGCGUGGCUGGCCCUUUCCGUGCUACUGCCUGGCUUCUUGGUCCAGGGCCUGAGCUAUCAGUGGUUCUGAGCAGGCGGACAUCAAGGUCAUUGCUUGGUCACGCUACACCUCCUUCAGCUCGGCGUGUGGAGGCGGCAUUGGGACACCGCCGUUGCUGCUCUACGGACGGAGCGGGAAGCCUCCCGCCGAGGCCAGCUGCUGCUGCAGGAGGCCGACGUAUCGGCCCUCCGCCUCCUGGAAGCCCUCCUGCAGACGGGGCCCCACCUGCUGCUUCAAACGUACGUUUUCCUCGCCUCGGACUUCACAGACGUGGUGCCAGGCGUGAGCGCGCUGUGCUCCUGGUCCGCGCCGGCCUGGGCCCUGGUGGGCUACGCCUGCUUCCCGGGCCUGGCGAGGCCGGGCGCCCUGCUCUGCCAGCGGCUCUGGAGGAUGGGCAUGCUGGGCGCCCGCGUCCCCAGUCUGCUUCUCUUCGUCCGCGCUCACCGCGCCUGGGCUCUCGUGUUUGGAGGUGCCCACUGGCUGGUGAUGACCUUCUGGCUUGUGGCACAGCAGAGCGACAUCAUCGACAGCACCUGCCAUUGGAGGCUGUUCAACCUGCUGGUGGGGGCCGUGUACAUCCUCUGCUACCUCAACGUCUGGGACGGCCCUUCCAGAAAUCGCAUGGCCGUGUUCUAUAUGAUCAUGCUGCUGGAGAACAUCAUCCUUUUGCUGUUGGCCACCGACUUUCUCCAGGGGGCCUCCCAGACCAGCCUGUGGACCGUCGCCGGAGUCCUGUCUGGAUUUCUGAUCGGCAGCGUCUCGCUGGUGACUUAUUACAGCCUGCUACACCCCAAGUCCGCAGACUUCUGGCGGGGCUUGGUGCGGAAGGCCCACGGCGUCGCAGCAGGUGAUAAAGCAGAGGGAGAGCCUUCUCCGCAGGCCUCGGCCAUAGCUGGAGAGGGGCUAGGGAACCCGGGCGCCCGCCCGCAGGAAGGGCAUGAGCUAACAGGUCUGGGUAGGGCCCCUAGCCCACAGUGGGGACCCCCGGAGGCUGGGCUGGAAAGCCAGGUUGCUCAGGAAGAUUCUUUCCUCAGUCACCAUCACUGGCUGUUGCUGAAACUUGCCCUCAAAACAGGAAAUGUGUCCAAGAUCAACGCAGCCUUUGGACAAGUUGGUCCUGGCUUCUUAGGUCCCCCUCAGCGGGGGUUGGGCUGGCAGUACAGCCAGCCGAGGCCACCCCGGGCUUCCCAGCAGGGGCUCCCAUCGUCACCCCUUGACCACCUCUCCUCAGACAAAGGCUGUGAAGUUGUCUGGAAAGCAGAGGCCGACCUGCUGGGAACCUCAAGUUACGUCUCUUCAGCCGGCAAUAGUCCAGAUGAGGCUCCCGGCCAGCAGCGGCCAGCUGCACCGAGGGAGGGCAGUGCCACGGAAGGAGCCGAGGCAGUUUCUCCGUUGCAGGGCAAGGGUGCGGGUGGCCGGGGAGGAGGGGGAGGACAGGAGAGCGCCACACUGUACUUUGGUGCCACGGCCGAGAGGGCCACGUCCCCACAGCGGGAAGACAGCCAGGCGGCUCUGCAGACGCCCCUGUGUGGGAGGAGGGCAAUGCCCUCCCCUCGGCCGGCCACCCGGCCCUUCCCUGCCACCAUGGCCAACAUCAGCCCCAUCCUGGGCCCGGGCCGCUCCAGAAGCUUCUGCCCCAGCACGGGCUUGGCCACCGGAGCCCUGGGCGGCUCAGCGCGUGGUGGGCAGCAGGAGCACCCGGGGGACCCGAAUCUCCCUGCCGCUGCUGGGACAUGGCUGGCAUUGCAAAAGGUGAGCCUGAGGCCUGCAGACGAGCCCUGCCUCACGUCCACCCCCAAGUGUGAGCCUGCCCAUGGGGACUGCGGCCGGAGGGCCACACCGUGUGUCCAUGUGACCGCAGUCCCUGCGGGUAAGGCAAGAGGCGGGCAAGUCACGCUGGAGAUUUGAGACCGGAGGCCCCCGGUUCAGACACCUACACCCUCUGUGUAACCCCCUCCAGACCUGUUGGCACAAC